UUUCCCGAUUAGCAACAGUCGACCCAGAAACAGAAAGAAGAGGACAGUGGUGUCGUUGAACAAAGCAAAGAUAUCUAUAUCUAUAUAUACAUAUAGAGAGAGAGAGAGGGAUUAGAGAGACAUGGGAAAAAAGGCGAAGAGCUCAAGGAAGGGAAAGAAGGCUUGGAGGGCGAAUAUAAGCACAGAAGACAUUGAUGACUACUUCGAGAAGUCAACCAAAGACGCACUCUCCGGCGGUUCACUCACUCACCUUCCCAGUGACGACCUCUUCUACCUCGACAAAUCCAGAGAUCUUUCGGUGAAGCGAAAGAUUGAAAAACACAGAGAAAAAAUACUACGUUGUGACAGUGUGCUGCAAAGGAACUCCUUUGUUGAAGCAGUCCCAUCUUCGUCGCAGAGGAAAUCCCAUAAAAAACGUAAAGAAGUUCAGAAAGCAAAAGAUGCUGUUCAAGAUUGUUCCGAGGAUGAUGGUGUCUUGGAUUCUGGCAUGGCUGACAUAUGGGAUGACAAAGGUGAAGACAAUGAUAAAAUAAAAAAGAAAUUCAAGCCAUCAAUUAUUCCUGCUGUAGAAGUUGAGCCUCCUGGAUGUUCAUUCAAUCCGUCGUUCGAGAGUCAUCAGGAUUCGUUGGCAUGUGCUGUUGCAGAUGAAAUGCAGAAAAUCUAUCGAAAUGAAUUGGGACCUCAGCCAGUUCCAUUAACUGUCCCUGGAGAAGUUAUUGAUGAAGAAGAUAUGUAUUUCCUUGAAGCGGAUGGUGGGAGUGAUAAUGAUGAUCCACAUGUGGAAAAACUGGAAGAGAAUGGAGAUACUGAAUCUGAGAAGAGGACCUAUACAACUAAAAGGGUUACACGAGUCAAGCAGAACAAGAGGGCUAGACGCAAGGAACAGAUCAGAACAGAAGCAGAGGCAAAACAAGUGGAAGAACUUUCAAAAGAAAUUGACUGCUUACCAGAUAUAAUCCAAGAAAUUGCCAGAGAGGAUGAGGAGAAGCAGAGAAAACAUCUCCGUCGCAUUGUUGCUAAACAAGAGGGAUUAAAAUCUCGUCCACCACGCUUGGGGAAGCACAAAUUCGAGCCUGCUCCUCGUCAAGUCCUAUUAUCUGAAGAGAUUACUGGUUCCCUUCGUAAGCUGAAGGGUUGUUGCACUCUUGCAAGAGAUCGAUACAAGAGCCUAGAGAAGAGAGGAUUAAUUGUCCCAACGGCUAAGAGUGGCAGGAAAUAGGGAAUGCUUGCAUCCGUUAUGCCUAGUUUUCAGUGAGUGGGAGAGUUUGGGGUUGCUUUUACAGGACAGCAAUGAACUAGGUACAGGUUGAAUGUAGAGUUCCUGCCGGUGCUAAGGAUUUACCGGUUGUUCGUGAUAAUUAAUUGAUGUAUAAUUUCCGUUUUCUUGAAUGCAAUUUUGCCUGAUGUAAGUGAGAGACGAAUGGAUAAAUUUUGUUGCCAUGAGUUUUAUUUAUAUAACAGUAACAUGUCUUUAGCUCA